AUGCACAGCGCGUCGCCGCAACACAUGCAGCAGCAGCGCGGUCUGAAGCACAGCACGUCCCGCACGUCGCUCGACAGCGCGGACGACGACCGGCCGCCCGGCGCGAACGGCGUGGGCGGCGCGGAAAUGGUGACGGUGAAGCUGGCCAAGUCCGACUGGCUAGAGAUAGUUAACGCGCUCGAGUCGGCUUCCAGCAGGUGCGAGAACUGCGGGGAGACUUCACCGUCCGCGCCCUCCGCCGUCUCGCUGCCCGCCACGCAGCGCCUCUUCGCGCAGCUCAAGGCGCGCAGCAACGGCCCGCCCGGCGGCGGCGCGAACGAAGACAUCCUCAACCGCAAACUGCUGACCAUCAUCACCAAGGCGCACGACCUCUUCUCCAAAGACCAGCAAGGUGGCGACUACCUGCUGGCGCAGCUGCUGGAUCUCACCAAGUCCAAGUUCGGAUUCGUCGCCAGCGCGCUCAAGAAACCCGAGGGGACCUACUACCUCAAGACGCACAGCAUCACCAACUUCGCCGUGGACGAGGGAGCUGCAGCUGUGGUACGCGGAGAGUGCCCCACGCACGGCAUAACCAAUUUUGCAUGGACGCGCGAGCUGCGGCUGUGGUACGCGGAGAACGCCCCGUCCGGGCUGGUGUUCUCCAACAUGGACACGCUGUUCGGCCGCGUCGUCACCACAGCCGACGUCGUCAUUUCCAACGACGUCCCCAACGAUCCAAGGGCAUGUGGGCGUGCCGCCCGGCCACCAGCGUGUGUCCACCUUUCUGGGGGUGCCUCUCUUCGCGGAUCGUCGGUGCGCUGCAGGAGAGACGGCGCCGAGCGCGAGGAGCAGGAGCGGCUGAGAGCGAUGCUGAAGGGCACGGGGGAUGCGAUCCUGGGCGUGGAUGACAUGGGCGGGAUCAGCGCGCUGAACCGCGCCGCCAGGCUGCUGUUUGGCUUCACCGACACCGAGGGGCUGGGCGACAGCAGUGGCCGGGCGUUUGGGCAGGCCGAGGUGCUGCCGGAGAAUCUGCACGUCGCGGAUCUGUUCAUUAGUGUGGACGGCCGAGAUGACUUCGCCGACCAGGGUCUGGAGGUGUUUGUGUGUGACGGCCUCAGGAUGCCCGCCAUUGGUAGGCGCAUUCUGGGCGGCACACUGCUGCUGGAGAUGAUGUUGUCACGCGGCAGCAACCCCGACGUGGCGUAUGUCAUCACGGCACGGGAGCUCAAGAACAGUGGUCUGGGCGGCACGCCUACGAUUGGCUCGGGCAGCAACAGCCUUGCGAGAACGGGCAGCAAGGGAGGGCCCACGUUCUUUGAGCCUGCGAAUAUGCCCGGAGGAGAUGAGUGA